GGCUAUUGCAGCUUCCCAUCAUGCCAUUUAAUCUCCGUUUUUGGUCUGUUUGACCGUCGCCCGGGUUGCCUUCAUCUGUCCUGUCAAACCGGCUGGAUCUGUUGUCUGUGUCCGCCAGCGGGAUGAAACCGACAUAGAGAUAACGGAGCAACCCCUCCACGGUCUCCUCCUGUCCACAAGCGGAGCUUUGCUCCCACUCUCCUACCGACGGAGAUAUGAGACAUCCACUGCUCGAUGCAGCCCUGACAUUGUGGCUAUUUGUAGAGUGUGUAGAGGCGAAAAAGUACUGCUGGUAUUUCGAAGGUGGAUACCCUAUCUACUUCAUAUGCCGUUCCUACGAGGACUGCUGUGGGACUCGCUGCUGUGUGAGAGCCCUGUCCAUCCAAAGACUAUGGUACUUCUGGGUACUGCUGAUGAUGGGAGUGUUGUUCUGCUGUGGUGCAGGCUUCUUCAUUCGCAGAAGGAUGUACCCAUCUCCUUUGAGAGACGAGCCAGCCUUCAACGUCUCCUUCACUAGGCACCCUGUUACCACACCAGUUUCCCAGCAGCCAGGGAGCAUGCAGGGCUUCGGGGUGAACGGAUUGGCAGGAGGCGACCCAGGGGUUGCCAUGACACACCCGCCGUACCCGCCACAGCCUGGCUCCACCCAUAUGAUGAUGGGUUCCUAUCCGCCACCUCCAUCGUACUGCAACCAUCCUCCACCGCCCUACGAACAAAUAUUUAAAAACAGCGACAAGAAGUGAUGUCUACAAGGACUCGAGGAUGAAAUGAAAUAAGGGAAUGUGGCACUGAGGCUGAAUCAUCAGGAUGUUUAGACACACAGGGGCACGUGCCAGUGGACAGCGUUUUUUUGAUGUAAAAACUGGAAAACACACACUCUUCUCCCAUGUGGAAAAGACUGAAAAAGCACAGUAACCAGUCACUCAUUCACCAUUUCCUUUCUAGCUCACACUACACACAAACAGAUUCAUCUGUGAGGCCUCCUUUUUCUGGAUCCCCAUGUAUGUACCAGCUUUUUGAGCUGACGAUAAGUGAGGAUGGACGGAGUAAGGCAGAGGUUUAAUUCAGUAUCUCCCUCAGAAAAAGAAACUGCCAUGUGCAUUCAACAUUUUGAUUUUUAAAAGUGCUUCUAAGAUUCUUCUUCUAUUAGGAAAACUGAAAAUACUGACAGCGAGCUCCAUAAUUAUAAAAAGGUCAGUUAGAAAAUGCCUUGUGUAGCCAGCUUUUUAGUGCAACAGCUCUUUACAUAACGAUGAGAUCACGAUCCAUUUUAUGUUACAGAUGUUUUUCCCAGUCAUGGUGGCUCAUUUUCCUGAAAGCAGUGACAGUUUCGCCUCAACACAAUUUAUGUUCUCGCUCUUUUCAUCAGCGUCAGAUGUCGAUUCUUAGUGCAAGGACAAACGAGAGGGCGUGUCACUUCUCUGAGUUUCACUGACAUGUGGCACGAUUAGCUCUUUGGGUAAAUGUCUGUGCCUGAGAGGCAGCACAUGUAAGAACAGGAACAUCUACUGUUGUUUUGGGAACAGUGUUUGUGUACUCACUCAAAAAAGUCAUGCAUCACAUCAUUUGUCAUGCUACAUUAAUUUUGCAUUACUCACCAACAUGGCUUGUAGUACAUAAUUAAGUUAACAUGUAUACCUUAGCCUGCAGUCCCACUGACACAAGAACACACAAGGUUCUUUUUUGUAUUUGACUGCUCCUCUGUGCUUUUGUUGAAGUCGAAAGUCAAGCUUGGUUGCGGUCGGUAUGCAUUCAGUUUUACAUCAUUCUGGGUUCUGUUGUUUUGACUACAUUUAUUGGCCUUUCUUUGUCAGGCAAUUAAAACUGUUUCAUCACAGUUUAAAGUAAAUGAUGGUACUAUGUGUCUCUGUGGGACAGCAGUGAUGUCUUUUCCAUCAUCGUAAAAUUCAGUCUAGCCUGAUUUCUUACAGACUGUCAGGUUGUCAGACAACACAAAGGCAGAUUUAACAGUAUAUCAGUGAAAACAGAAAAACUUAUUCAGAAGACACAGCAGCACACCAGAACCCUAACAUAACCACUGCAACAACAUAUGCCAGUUCAGAACUGCUGAAUGCGGUAUGUGGAUGGUAGCAUUUUCCAUGGCUGUGUGACGGAUGGUGCAGCAUCGGAGAUGCAGCAGCGAUGCUCUUCUAUCCUGUGUCAGACCUGCUGAGUCACUGUGUGUGCAGAGCACAGGGCACAUCUAGGAAACCAUCACUUACAUUCAUCUUAUUUGAGGAUGUUAAUGGACCAUAUACUCUGCAAAUGUGACCUUCCUCCAUUAACAAGCUUUUUGCUACGAUGCUCAUUUUUCCAUAACAUCGCUGCAACAUGCAUCAAUCCUUCGUUUGCACAUUUUUGUUAAAACCCCUAAAAUUAGAGCUCCAGAUUUAUAAAAUAUUUGGACCUAAAUUAUUAUUUAGCAAUUCUUCAAUAUUUAUGCACAGUAAAAUAUGAUUUGAUGCUUGUUCAAAUGAUUUAUUCUUGUACAACCUCUGGUACCUGAUGAUGAAGAUAAAUGGAAUUAUGUAUUAUUGAUGCCGUGGUUUUAAUUCAUUUACUGGCUCAGCGUGUUUGCAUGAGAGUGGCGGGCAGAUCUCAGGCUGUCUCUGAGUGUUAAAUAGUUAAAUGCUGCCGGAUGUCCAUCAGUCCUACAUGUUGAAGCAUGCAUGCCCUGCUCGUGUUAUAUUUUUUUAAUCAGGCAGUGGAUCUGGACACUGUGUUUUAUCUGGUUAUUUCACACUGAGUGAUGUUCUUUUAAAGGUUGUAUGUGACAGUAAGUGCACGCUAAAAUGGGACGUUAGCAGUAUUGUGGCACAGUGUACAGGAACCAUGCAACAUUAUAUGCUGUAGAAUGCAUUGAGCUAAAACCACGAUGGUCAGUAAACCUCAAAGCCAGCAGCAGCACAAGGCAGCUGAUCACAAUCUGCACACAAAGAAAACAAGUGAUGCUCUAAGUAGUGUUUUGAACACUGGGACAUGCUCAUUAGUUCACAUGAACCUGUCUGUGAGCAUAAUAUGGUUUGCCCCUCAGUGUCAGCACUGAGCAGGGCAUCACGAUUUGAUCUACAAUAUUAUCUGUCCAAAGUCAUGUUCAGUUUAACACACAGUGUCACAGCACUAAUUCAUGAUUUGUGAUGGCAUCAAAGACAUAUUGUACAUUUAGAAGGAUAAGAACUUUUCCUUAUUGCCUUUCGCCAAACCAUUCACUGUUCGGUAUGCUAAUGAUAUUCCAGACUCACUGUAUACAUAUUCUGACACAUGCUCUGAGUAAUUAUGGCUGAAUAUAACGAAAAUUUGGAAAAGGUGAUUUUUUUCCCUUUCUGGUAUUGUAGGUACUCUCAGCAGAUUAUGUACUGAGGCUGUAGCUCAUUCACUGCUGAAGAAGGAGGAAACCCACAAGCACAGCAAAAACUGCAGUAAUCUACUUUAGGUUGUUUCAGGUAGCGGCACACAUUUGAUUUGGUGGGCCCCAAGGAGUUUUGUGUAUUUUCUCCCAGGAUCAAACUUUUGCUUGACAGACAGAUGCGUAAACCACUUUACUAUGGAGCCACUAUAACUGGCACCAAAAAACAAGAUGGCUAAUAGUGCAGCGGUCACUCUGACUCUGGACAGUAAGAGGGUGAAUGAUGUAAUAAUUUACAAAAACCACUAUUUAAACAUGCAUUCACACCAAGAGAGGAAAUACUUCUGAGUUUAAACUCAGUAUUCUGAAAAAAAUCUGAAUUCUAGGAGUUAGAGUUGUUCGUGGAAUUUUUAAGAGGGAAGACAUUUCACAAACUGACUUGUUACACUGGCAUCCCAUUGCAGUACAAUGCUUGAAUUCGGGAGCUCUUUAGAUCAACCUGUUCUUUCACCUGAAUUCAAACGUUAAGAGGUGUGGCCUAUUUUGGACCAGGUACUGGAUCUAGUAUUCAAGCAAUUCAGCUUCUCAAAAUUAUAACAGUUGCUACAAAAUUUGAAAGUUCAUGCAUGUGGAAUUACAAAUAAAGCGAGGAGAGGCACAGAUCCACAAGACUUGCUUGCUUUAAUGUGAAUGCACUUAUAAUGGGAAAUUGUCCUCAAAAAUAUAAUAAAUAUCAAUCAAUGACGAUCAGUGAUGGUUUGCAAACAGUGGUGGGCCACACACCGCAUUGGUGGGGUGUGUGGCCCACCAGGUGAAAAAAUAUGACAUGAAACUAAAGUGAAUUACUGUGAUUUUACUGUGUUUAUUGUGCUGCUACAUUUUCACUUUUACAAUGUGGAUCUUUUGUUAUUUGUGAUGACUGAUAAAAAUUGUAGUGUGGGAUCUUUCUUUAGCUUCUGAAGUGGGGCAGGUCUGAGAACAAAAUUACUGCAGUACAAUAAGUACUCAUAGCUGCUGAUAUUUCGUCCCCCUCCUAGAUAAUGAUACCAGCAUAAGGUAGCAAGGUUUGAUCCCUAGACAGGCAUUACCAGUCCUUGCUCUCUGUUUAUGAAAUUGGUCAAAAAUCUGCACAUAAAUACAUUUUUAAACACAUUAAACAUGGUUAACCAGCAACUCAUCACUUGAAUAAAGCAUUGUAUGUUUGUGCAAAUUAGAAACCAUGUGUGUGUAAUCUGACUUGAGAUCAACAUUUCAUCAAUAUUGUAUUUCAACCGUUGGUGGUGCUUUUAAAAGAACUGAAUUAGGGUAUAGUUUAUUAUAACUGUUUAUACUUUUAAGAUAAGUUAUAUUUUUAAUUUCACACCAUGCGUGUUGAUCACACAGAACAAUGCCAUACCUUCUGGGUUGACAGCAGACAUGAAAGACUUGUACAGCUGAAUAGCAGAGCCCAUACUGCCAUUGGAUUUAUGUUUGCACAACAAACACGACGACAGCAUCGUGAAUACUGUUUCAUGAGAUUUCUGAGAGCUGUCACACUGUUAACGUCUGCAAUGUGCACACACACACUUGUGUGAAGUUAGAGGCCAUGUGUGAUUCUUGUCUGAGUGCUGGGCUCCCACAGGUAACCAGCAACAGGUUUUAGAUUGACUCUGGGUUGUUUCUGGUGUCAAGCAGUUGGGCUGGGAAUAGAGAGCACAAUAUUAGAAAGGUAUUCAGUUCAAUCAUCUCAAACUAUGCAAUAGAUACUGAAAUAGGUGAAGCAUUUUGAUCCUGCUUUUCUCCUCCCACAUUUACCUCUUUUUCUCUUUUUCAUCUGCUUUCAGACUUACAUUGUAUAUUGUGAAAUAUGUAAAUAAAGGUCACUUCUAAUGA